CAAACACGUUCAACGUUGCCGAGCAACAUAACUCAAUUCUAGUAGCGACAAAUUCAGUUUAUACGAGCACAACAACGUCCCAUUUAACGUAUAAAAUUACUCAUCAAUAACGAAUAUCAUGGCCGAAGCCGAAAAAAUCGAAGUACGCGACAUUACUCGCAUUGAACGCAUUGGCGCCCACUCUCACAUUCGCGGGCUCGGCCUGGACGAUGUUCUGGAGGCGCGUGCGGUCUCGCAGGGCAUGGUGGGCCAAAAGGAUGCACGUCGCGCCGCUGGGGUAGUUGUGCAGAUGGUGCGCGAGGGAAAAAUAGCUGGAAGGUGCAUUCUGCUUGCGGGCGAGCCGAGUACAGGCAAGACGGCUAUAGCUGUGGGCAUGGCACAGGCUCUAGGCACCGAGACGCCGUUUACAAGCAUGUCUGGAUCAGAAAUAUAUUCGCUGGAAAUGAGUAAGACCGAGGCAUUGUCGCAGGCGCUCCGCAAGAGCAUUGGUGUACGCAUCAAGGAAGAAACGGAAAUCAUAGAGGGCGAGGUGGUUGAAAUACAAAUCGAACGGCCUGCCACAGGUACAGGCCAAAAGGUGGGAAAAGUUACUCUCAAGACUACCGAAAUGGAGACCAACUAUGACCUUGGCAAUAAGAUAAUCGAAUGUUUCAUGAAAGAAAAGAUCCAGGCCGGUGAUGUCAUCACCAUAGACAAGGCUUCGGGAAAAGUCAACAAGUUGGGACGCAGCUUCACACGCGCUCGGGACUAUGAUGCAACUGGCGCUCAGACACGUUUCGUGCAGUGCCCCGAAGGAGAGCUGCAGAAGCGUAAGGAGGUGGUUCACACUGUCACCCUGCACGAAAUCGACGUCAUCAAUAGCCGCACACACGGCUUCCUGGCCCUAUUCUCUGGCGACACUGGUGAAAUUAAGCAAGAAGUGCGCGAUCAGAUCAACAAUAAAGUCCUUGAGUGGCGUGAGGAGGGGAAGGCUGAGAUCAAUCCAGGCGUUCUCUUUAUUGACGAGGUGCACAUGCUGGACAUUGAAUGUUUUUCGUUCCUCAACCGUGCUUUGGAGUCGGACAUGGCACCGGUGGUAGUCAUGGCAACCAAUCGAGGCAUUACACGUAUUCGGGGCACCAACUAUCGCAGCCCUCAUGGCAUACCCAUCGAUUUGCUCGAUCGCAUGAUUAUAAUACGCACAGUUCCGUAUUCGGAGAAGGAAGUCAAAGAAAUACUAAAGAUACGUUGCGAGGAGGAGGACUGCAUCAUGCACCCUGAUGCCUUGACCAUCUUGACACGCAUAGCUACAGACACCAGCCUUCGAUAUGCCAUACAAUUAAUAACUACCGCUAAUCUGGUUUGCCGUCGUCGCAAAGCUACUGAGGUGAACACAGAGGAUGUCAAGAAAGUUUACUCGCUGUUCUUGGAUGAGAACCGCUCAAGCAAGAUUUUGAAGGAGUACCAGGACGACUACAUGUUUAGCGAGAUCAACGAGCAUGAGGAGCUGGAAACUGCAGCUGGUGGAAGUGGUGGAGCCAAACGCCGUACAGAGACUGGAGGCGGCGACGCGCAGCCCAUGGAGCACUAGAUAAUAAGCAUGUUCUUCUUUCAUUCGCAUACCCAUUUACAAGUUAAAUAAAAUAAUGUAAAAUAAUUCAA